GUCCCACUACUCCUCAAGAAAAAAAAACCAUUAGUCCUUAAAACUACUCUUGUAACAUUAUUAUUCCACACCCAUGGAAUUCCAUACAGCUCCCUCCCUCCCUCCUCACCCCACCCUAAUAACCACCGUAGAUCCGUCGUCGGCCGCCUCGCUUUCCGAUCAAAACCACGAAUGUUUCGCGGUCGUAAUCCGAUCAAUAUCGUCCAUUUUAGCUAGGUUUCAUGCAGGCUACUUUAGGAUAACAUUAUCUCUAGGAAGCCAAGCAUUGUUAUGGAAAAAUCUCAUUGAACCAACUAGCCAUAAUACUAUAAAUCCAUUAAUUCAUCAUAUUUUCCAUAGAUUUCAUCCAAUUACCUUUGUUUCCCUUUGGGUUUUUUGUCUUGUUGUUCUUACUAUACUCUCAUUUAUUUAUCUUCUUCGUUGCAUCUUCCACCUUGACAUGGUGAAAUCGGAGUUUCUUCACCAUGUUGGUGUAAAUUACCUUUUUGCCCCUUGGAUUUCUUGGCUCUUACUCCUUCAAUGCUCACCCUUGGUUCAUCAUAAGACUGGGGCCUACUUAAGCCUUUGGUGGGUCCUUGUUAUUCCGGUGGUUGUUCUUGACCUUAAGAUUUACGGCCAGUGGUUCACCACCAAGGGACAAAAGUAUAAUUUGACGGCAGUGGCGAACCCAACUAGUCAAAUGAGUGUAAUAGGAAACCUAGUAGGAUCAACUGCGGCAGCACAAAUGGGGUGGAAUGAAACAGCAAUGAUACUAUUCUCUUUAGGAAUGGUGCAUUACUUGGUGCUCUUUGUGACACUCUAUCAACGAUUGUCCGGAAGCGAUAAGCUUCCGGCGAUGCUUAGGCCGGUGUUCUUCCUCUUCUUCGCGGCGCCGGGGGUGGCGAGCAUGGCAUGGAGCUCAAUAUGUGGAAAGUUUGAUACAACGGCCAAAAUGCUAUUCUUUUUGUCCGUCUUUCUGUUUAUGUCCUUGGUAUGCAGGCCAUUACUAUUCAAGAGAGCUAUGAGAAGGUUCAAUGUGACAUGGUGGGCAUAUCCUUUUCCUAUCACAGUCUUAGCAAUAGCUGCCACAGAAUAUGCAGAGGAAGUCAAGGGAAAAUUAGCAGAUGUAUUAAUGCUAUUUUUAGCAUCAUUAUCAAUGUUGGUCACUUUCAUUUUGGUCAUUCUCACUCUAUUUAAUUCACAAAUGCUUUUGCCUGAUAAUGAUCCUAUUUUGAGCACCAAUGCUAUCUCUCCUAUGCCUGAUAACCUACCAACGACUACUACAAGGGCAGCAUCAUUAAAUUGAAAAUCUUAAGAAAAUGAAAUUAAUUGUUUUGACUUCUAUGUAUAGCUAGCUAGAUGACUCGUGUCAAAUUAGCCCUUUGUUAGUCCAAUCAUCGUUAUUGGUUAAUUUGUUUAUUAAUUUCUUUUUGUAUCAAGGGGGAAAAUAUAGUAUAUAGAUACAUAAAUAAAUGUAUAAUUGGUUGAGAUCAAAAAUUUUGAGGUUUUUGUAAAACUUAUUAUAUAAAUAUAUAAGUGUACAAAUAUACUUGCAAUAUAA